AUGAAUAAGUACGGGCGAAGAGUUGUAGUUACAGGUUUAGGGGUCGUCAGUCCUUUAGGAGUAGGUGUAAAAAGUUCUUGGAAUGCUUUAUUGGCUGGAAAAAGUGGAAUUGUUAAAUUAAAUACUCCAGAAUAUGAAACAAUACCAUGCCGAGUCGCUGGACAAAUACCAAAAGGCAAUGCCCCGGGUUCAUUAAAUUUAGAUGAAAAAUUUUCUAAAAGUGAAUUAAGAUCCAUGUGCCCGGCAACAGCUUACGCAUUGAUAGCAGCUGAAGAAGCCCUUGAAGAUGCCAAAUGGAAACCCGACGAAGAAACACACAAAAGAGACACUGGAGUUGCUGUAGGAAUUGGAAUGGUUGAUUUAGUUGAUGUUUGUUCAAUGUACGAAGCUAUGAAAAAGAGUUACAGUAAAGUUAGCCCUUAUUUCAUACCUAGAAUCUUGCCAAACAUGGCAGCGGGGCAAAUUAGUAUUAAAUAUGGAUUCAGAGGUCCUAAUCAUUCUGUUUCUACUGCAUGUGCUACGGGUGCUCAUGCUAUUGGUGAUGCUUUUCGUUUUGUAAAAGGUGGAGAAACAAGUGUGAUGGUCUGUGGAGCCGCUGAAGCUUGUAUCAGUCCUUUAGCAAUAGCUGCUUUUUGCCGACUACGAGCUCUUAGUACAUCUAAAAACGAUCGUCCUGAAGAAGCUUCAAGACCAUUUGACAAAGAUCGUGAUGGCUUUGUAAUGGGUGAAGGAGCAGCUAUAUUAAUCAUAGAAGAGCUAGAACAUGCGCUAGCAAGAAACGUUAACAUUUACGCAGAAAUAUUAGGCUACGGGCUAUCAGGAGAUGCUGCUCACUUAACAGCACCAAGUGAAGAUGGAGUAGGUGCUAUUUUAGCCAUGGACCGAGCUUGCAAAAAUGCACAAGUUGAUCUUAAUGACAUAACUUAUGUCAAUGCUCAUGCUACUUCUACUCCUAUUGGAGAUGCCGUUGAACUCAAAGCUAUUGAAACUCUGUUUGGAGCUUACAGUAAAAAUGUCACGGUGUCAAGCACUAAGGGAGCACAUGGACAUUUAUUAGGAGCUGCUGGAAAUCUUGAGAUUGCUUUUACUAUUCUUGCUAUUAAAAAUUCUGUUAUUCCUCCUACGCUAAAUUUACAUAAUUUAGAUUAUUCGGGUCCCCUGCAAUUUGUUCCACAUGUUAAAAAAAAUUGGAGCUCUGUGUCCAAGAGAACUGCAUUGAAAAAUGCAUUUGGAUUCGGUGGUACCAAUGCUUCCUUGUGUUUUACAGAGUUUGUUAGAUAG